AAAGAAGAGGCAAUUUUUUUGUUAUAUAUUUUGCAGAAUCAUUGGACCUUAGCGAGGAACUAAAAAGGACAAAUCAAAAGUGAUUGGGAGUGAAGAGAAUCUUGACACGUUACGAAAGAUUGUAUGUCAACUAUCUUUGAGUUUGCAAGUGAUUUAUAUCUGCGGGGUCAUCAGUUACGUAUUUCAUCUGUUGCCAAUGUGGCAAACGUUAAUUAAGUGAACUCUGCGAGCUUCGAACUGUAUCGGCCGGUCAACAUAGUAACCCACAUCGUAGGCAGGACUUCAGGUUUCGUUUUUGACGCUCAACCGAACUGCCGGACAUGUUGUGAUUACAAUCAUCCGACUUUUGUUCGGUGCUCGUUUCUGACAACCAUCAUGACUUCGGACGUGGAGAACACGACUGAAUGGCUGUCGGACUUGAUGUUGUUGGAAGCAAAUGCCUCCUACUCGAGCAAUGCCACCGUCAACGAAUGGAACGUGCAUAAUUAUCUAACCACUCACUGGGGUCCAAAACAUCUGCCCAUGGACGUCGUCAUACCCAUCACCAUCGUCUACAUUUUGAUAUUCGUUUCGGGCGUGGUGGGCAACAUCGCCGUGUGCGUUGUCAUCGUGCGCAACCCGUCCAUGCACACGGCCACCAACUGCUACCUAUUCUCAUUGGCCGUCUCUGAUUUGACGGUCCUUCUAUUUGGUUUGCCAAACGAUUUGAGCGUCUACUGGCAGCAGUAUCCGUGGGCGUUGGGCGAAAUUGUCUGCAAGCUGAGAGCUCUCAUCGCUGAAAUGACCAAUUACGCUUCGGUGCUGACGAUCGUGGCUUUCUCGCUUGAACGUUAUCUCGCCAUCUGUCAUCCGCUGCACGCGUACACGAUGGCCGGGCUUGGACGGGCGGCUCGCAUUGUUGCUCUCAUUUGGCUGGUGGCGCUCAUCUCAGCCCUGCCGUUCGCUAUUUACACUGGCAUUUCGUACGUGCCUUAUCCGCCGGAAGCAGGAGCCAAUUUGUCCGGCCAGUCGAUACCUGAAUCGGCUUUCUGCGCGCUGCAAGAUGAAAAUCCACCGACACAGUGGCCGCUGGUCGAAGUGGCCACUUUCAUCUUCUUCAUCGUGCCCAUGGGCAUUCUGUGUCUGCUUUAUCUGCGCAUCGGAAUCCGAAUUAGACGGACGUCGCUGGGACGCGGCCGUAACGUCCAAGGUGUUGUCCAUCACUCCAAUGAGUCGAGGCAGUCAUCCUCGAGGAGGACCAUUUUACGUAUGCUCGUUGCUGUGGUGAUUGGCUUCUUUAUCUGCUGGGCGCCAUUCCACGCUCAGCGACUUCUCUAUGUCUACGCAAAGGACUCGCCCAACUACCGCGAGAUCAACGAGAAGAUGUUCUUCAUUACAGGGUGUUUUUAUUUCUUCUCUUCGACUAUCAAUCCGAUACUGUACAAUGUCAUGUCGGUUCGUUAUCGUGAGGCGUUCCGCGAAACUCUGUGCGGCCUGGCACCUGCAUCCAGCCGACAUCACUACCUUUACAAUCACCACCGACAAGCUUCGGACAGAUCGCGAUUUUCGGCCAAUUCGCGGAACGGCGGCAGCUUGAACACGAGCGGCAUUUGGCUGAGCACGGCCGAACGUCGGUCGCAGAGACGUGCGAGCCCAGCACCGCAAAAUGGGGCUGUCAAAGAGACACUUAUCGCUGAAGAGAAGACCACCAAUGUUGAUAUUGAGCUGGACGACAGCAUGAAAAUGGUGCCCUCACUGGCAAAUGCCCCUCUCCGCAUCGGGUUCGUGAUGCAGGACGAUGCUGUUGUCAAUAGCAUUCCUGCUACUACGCCAUCUAAUACAGCCGUUGCGAUCGGCAAGCAACAUCCACCGUGUUCGUCCGAUGUCGGAUUACAUCAUCGCACUACCAAACCGGCUGAGUGGCGAGUUCGUUUGGCCCACGUCAAGCCGAAAGCCACUAAUGGCGGAGUUGCUAACUUGCCAGCCGGAUGUACGCCCUUGUGUCUAAAAUCGAGUCAGCUAGUGCGCAGAGCCAGCGAGACCAGCCGAAUGCAACCGACACCUGGGGUCGCCAAUGAACAGCAUCAGCCACCUGUAGCCACUAUGCCUAGCGACGCCCCUACCGAAGGCCAUCCGCUUCUCACCGAUUUCAAAAUGAGCUCGUUAAUCGAGCCCACAACUAACAUCGCUCACGAAGACGAUCCCAUCUCCGCCGCAGUCCGUGAUACGUUCGUUCAAAACACAAGGAGGCUGUCUUAAUUUAAGAUUAGCUUGUUCGUGAUAAUGCACAUUUAAUCUAAAUCGAUUUUCAAUUUUGAUUGAUGGAGUUCCAAAUCGCUUGUAGCCAAUUGGAAUGGACUGUCUCUUCGUUCCCACUCUAUCCUCCAAAGAGUGGGUUAUACAAUUCUUUGUUCGAAGACCCAUCAUUGUACAUACCAUGAAAAAUGUGUUUUCUCGUCUACCCACCGACGUCCAUUUCGGAUUAUUUUCUGAUUCUUAUGAAAUUGCACCACAUGCUAAUGUCGUUUUUUUGGUUGCCAUUCAUAUAGUCAUGUGAAUAUGGAUUGGAUCAUUUUUGCCAAGAAAAUUUUAUAUUUGGAUUUUUUGACGUAUAUUGCUCCAUUAUGCCUGUUUGAAUCGCAAUGGCAGUUCACUAUAUUUACCUGUUCAUCGUGAUGUUCAUACACCAUGUCCAAUUUGCCCCCAUAGGCUCUCGUCUGUCGAAAACGACCAGCAGGACAACAAAUUGUUCCAUCACGAGCACAAGAAGCCUUCUUUUUAACCUAAUCCUGUGCCGUUUUUUAAAAAUGAGU